AUGGUGCACCUCGAUCCGUUACGCUUUUGCCGCAAAAAGCGUAAAAUUCCGCAGGGUGGCGCAAUACUGGACCAAGUAAUAUCGCAGUCCGCCUCGGCCUCGAACCAAUGUCUGCUGUACAAGAUGGCCAACUACAAGCGGGGCGGAGAUUUAAUCGAUGCCUUCCAGAUUGGUGGUCAGAAAGCGGUGGAGCAGCUGAUCCGCGAACAGUUUGGCGUAUUCAUGUACAACAAGGGUCGCGGUCAAAUCAUCAACCGGGCUGAAUAUCUGCGCUGGAAGUAUAUGGAUAACCAUGAGGUUAUCAUUCCGAUAGAGGCGUCCCUUUCGCCCCACGAUCCACUCAGUAAGUGGGUCGACCAUAAAGCUUGCUGGCAGAUGCAGUACCGGGGCCUGUUGGGCGAAAGUUUGCUGCACGUGUUAAUUAUUUGCGACACGAAAAUUCACACCAAACUGGCACGGAUACUGCUGCGAGUCUUUCCAGAACAGGCUAUCGAUGUGAUGGAGGGUGAGGAAUAUCUUGGUGCAAGCGCUCUUCAUCUAGCCAUAGCGUACAGCAACAAUGAGCUGGUGGGAGACCUCAUCGACGCAGGUGCGGACGUGUCGCAACGUGCGACGGGAAGAUUCUUUCUACCGCGCGACCAGCAAGGUCUACGACCGGUCAAGACCACCGACUACGAAGGUCUUGCAUACCUCGGGGAAUAUCCACUCGCCUGGGCUGCUUGUUGCGCUAACGAGUCGGUUUACAACUUGCUACUAGAGUGUGGCGCCGACCCUAACGCACAGGACAGCUUCGGCAAUAUGAUACUGCAUAUGGUGGUAGUGUGCGACAAGCUGGACAUGUUCGGGUACGCUCUGCGCCAUCCAAAACUACCGUGCAAGAACGGCAUCGUCAAUGCGGCGGGGUUAACACCGCUCACGCUCGCCUGUCGACUCGGUCGAGACGAGGUGUUUCGCGAGAUGUUGGAGCUAUCGGCGCGUGAAUUCUGGCGCUACAGUAACAUCACCUGUUCGGGCUACCCGCUGAACGCACUCGAUACGCUAAUGCCGGACGGCAGCACCAACUGGAACUCGGCACUGUUCAUCAUCCUGAACGGUACGAAGGAGGAACAUCUCAACAUGCUUGACGGCGGUAUCGUGGAGCGGCUGCUGGACGAAAAAUGGAAAACGUUCGCACGCAAUCAGUUCAUAAAGCGACUGUUGAUCCUUGCUAUUCACCUGUUUUGUUUGUCCUGCUCGGUGUAUCUGCGUCCCGUGCGUGUUUUUUCUGACGACGAUGAUGACGAUGGUGGGGAUACGGCGGGCGCAGGUGAUCUAUCGACCACGCUAAAUGAUGGCACGGACAGUGACGAUGCAGCAGACCCAGACACUGGCGAGGAUAUCGAUUUGACCACCUGGGUUCGGUACGGCUUCGAAGUCGCGACAGUAAUGGGUGUGCUGAGCUACGUGGUAUUACAGCAGGGCGAUGAGAUCAAGAACCAGGGUCUAUUCUCAUUUCUCAAGUCAUUGGGUCAGGCACCGGCAAAGGCGAUUUUUCUCAUAUCCAACAUUCUGAUUCUAGCCUGUAUUCCACUGCGUAUGAUGGGCGAUACGGAGACAGAGGAAGCCAUCUUGUUGUUUGCGGUGCCGGGCAGCUGGUUUUUGCUAAUGUUCUUUGCUGGAGCUAUUGGACUGACUGGGCCGUUCGUGACGAUGAUCUUCUCCAUGAUCACCGGUGACAUGUUUACGUUUGGCAUUAUCUACAUGAUCGUACUGUUUGGGUUUUCACAAGCAUUUUACUUCCUCUACAAAGGUCAUCCAAACGCGGAGGAUAGCCCAUUCGGUAGUUAUUUUGGAACAUGGAUGGCACUGUUUCAGACCACACUUGGUGAUUAUGAUUACGCUGAUCUAAAUCUAACCACGUACCCGAACCUGGCAAAGACGGUGUUUGUGAUUUUCAUGAUCUUCGUGCCAAUUCUGCUGCUGAACAUGUUGAUCGCUAUGAUGGGCAAUACCUACGCGUACGUCAUCGAGCAGGCUGAGAAGGAGGGCAUGAAGCAGUGGGCCAAGAUCGUGGUAAAUCUCGAGCGUGCGGUAACACAGGACGACGCAAAGCGCUAUCUGGAGGAGUACUCUAUUGGGCUGGGGCCGUCAGAUGACCCACGUUACGAGACACGUGGCGUUAUGGUGAUCAAGAGCAAAAGCAAAACACGUGCCCGGCAGCGCAAAGGGGCGGUUAGCAACUGGAAAAGUGUGCUGCGCGUCACGCUGAACGAACUGAAGAAGCGUGGUAUGACAGGAGAAGAACUUCGGCGCAUUAUGUGGGGACGAUCGUCGAUCACAUCGCCAGCAAAGAUCGCCAAGAAGAAGCGACCGGGCGAGAUGGAUGAUUUGUUGGGCGAUCCGUUCGCCAUUACCGCCGCCAUUGACGUGAUGUCGUUCACGCAGGACAUCGUGAUGGUGAGCACGGAUACAGUGUGUCCGCUACUGCCACCCACGACGACGACGACAGCUAGGAAAUCUUCCGUUACCGCUGUACCAGGCGCAACCGUUGCUCCUGCUGCUGUCAUACCACCAGUGGCGGGGUCCGUGCCACCUCCACCACAGCAACCGCAACGACAGCAAGCGGCGAGACGCCACUCUACGGCAAGUGCACCCGCAACGAUUAAUCUGGGACCGGAGGCGAAACUGGAUUACAAGGAUCCAUUGCGCGAGCUAGUUAUCAUUUCCGAAUCUGCCUCGGUGGACGAAAACUACGCACAAAAUGUUAAAACGCUCGCCAUCGAUGCCUCGACGUUGGAUCACGUGCACGAGAUCGACAUCAGUGCAAUGCCACCUCCCGGGACUCUCUAUCGGCGUGAUCCAGUGCCUCAGCAGCAUCAGACCUCGGCACAGCAGCAACCGGCCGAGCCAGGAACGCAGCAACAGAAUCUGGGCCAACUAACGCUCUUUCAGAACCCAAAGGACGUCGUAGACCCGGUGCGCGAACGGGAGUUUCUUAAAACGCUCGAGGCGCUCGAGGAUACGGACAGCGAGGCGGGAGAGAAACCGGUGUUGGGCAAAAUAUCCCUUAUCCGGCGUGCGAAAUCGGCUGUAUCGCGUAGCACCUCGCGUAAACGCAAAACCGACCAGCACCCAUUAUUUAUGAUCGCCUGGGAAGAUAAAGGUGAUCAGCGGGGACCGGUCGAUCAGUUUGCAGGUAGGUUAGGGCAGACCGACGGUCUGCUGUACGAUCCGACAUCGGCAGCACAGGGUACGGCUGGUACCAUGGCCCCUGGCGAAGCAGCGGAACAAGAUGCCGUCACAGUAGAGGAACUGCAUCGGCGCAUGGAGCAGUUUCAUCAGCGCAGUCGUGGCUCAUCUGUGCGCGAACGGGACGCGAACUCGAGCGAAAGCAGUAGCAAACAGCAUCAUAAGGCGCGGAAACCAUCGCAUCAGCGAGAACACAGUCACCACGGAUUGGGCCGUGGUAAGCAUAAUAAAAUUUCGCCCGACAACUCCAACGAGAGCACUGGUGGAGGCGGUGGCAGUAAUGGCAAGCAGGACAAACGCAUGAAGUCUGCCCCAAUCUUGGGCAGCAGCAGUGGCGUUGCAGGCGGUACCAGCGGGCGCACGACGGCGGGCACCAGGCCCGACGAUGGUACCGGUUCGCCGCCAGAUCCGCUGGAACCGUGGAGCACCAAAAACAUCAUGAACAUUAACAAGCUACUCGAUCAGGAUACGACCGAAGAGUAG